AUGGCCAAAUAUGUAGACCCGGUUUCUGGAAUUAGUCUCAGAGAUUUGAUGUCGGAUGACGGUAUGAUGUUCAAUUUCGGCAGUGAAUUUGAUGCAAAUGAAGAAGCUCGUUUGCAAUUUGAUCCAAACAUGAAUUUUGUAGAAGAUGAACUUCUUAAGUUUAUAGAUCUUGAAAUAAAAAAAUUAGUCCUUCAAAAGGGUGUCGGAGAAAUAGUCCCCUCUAACGCUCAAGUAACAAUAAAAUAUUCUGGAUAUUUAGAAGGCCAGGACAAUCCAUUUGAUUCAAGCUACCAACGGCACAGCGUCGACCGCUAUCGUUUGAGUCGCGGAGAAUUAAUAUCGGGCUUAGAUUUUUCCCUUCAAAGUAUGCGAAAAAAUGAAGUGUCAAUUUUUUUAAUCGACCCAACUUUAGCUUACGGCGAGAUAGGAUGUUGGCCCAACAUCCCCGGUAAUUCCGAAGUGAUGUUCAUAGUCCACCUAUUGAAUCACGCUGAGACAAUUGCCGCCGCUGAUUACGAGUCACUUGAGCCAGAAGAGCGUAAAAUAUUUAGUAAAAUAGAAAAAUUCAUCGAGAAUUUAUUAGCAGUCGGUGCUGAAAAUUACAAAAAUAAACAGACUAAAAAAGCGAUUCGUGAUUACAUACGCGUAAUUGACCGCUUGGAAGAGUGCAAGUUCAAUGAUGACGAAGAAGAAGAGCGUUGCAAUUUAUUGCGGUCGCGUUCUUACCAAAAUUUAGCGCUUUGCUACAAUAAAGAGGACAUGCCACGCAAAGCUUGUAUCGCUUGUAAUAAUGUGACUAAUAAAACAGCCAAGACUUAUUUUCAUCAUGGACGCGCGCUUAUUAAGAUGGGCCAGUAUGAAGAAGCGUUAGAAAAAUUAAACCUUGCAUUAGAAAUGAGCCCACGCAAUGAAGAAAUAAUGAAAGAAAUAGGCAUUGCUGAUAAAUUACAGCGCAAGAGUUUGAAAAUAGAAAAAGAUAUGUGGUCUAAUUGUUUAGGGGUUGAAAAAUUGAAAAUUGAAACUAAAAAUGAGGAGUACAAAAAAAUUGCUACGGAAUUUUGUAAUAAUUUUGUGAACAAUAAGGAUGUUAUGAGGCAACCAUUGCCGGAUGGAGUUGAUCCUUUGCUUAAAGAGGCUAUGAAGAAAGCUGCUUUAUUAUUGGGGAUUAAAAUUUCUUCUGUUAAUAAAUUUGGGAAGGAAAGCUUUUAUCUUGAAAAAUCUAACUAUCAAUAA